AUGCAGAGUUCAAUGUUGUCAUUUUUGACAUCAAAAUCUGAUAAACCAAAGAAUGAUACUGCUGCAACAACAUCAACAGAUAAAGUUGACGUUAGUAAUAAACCUACAACUCCAACAAAGACAAAGUCAACUAGUAGUACUUCUGUAAAGAGAAAGAAUGAUUCAACAGAAGUCACUGACAAAAAGACAACAAAUAAUAAGAAUAAGAAUAGUAAGGAGAAAAAGGAGAAGAAAGUAGCUACCAAAGAAAAGAAAGAAAUAAAAGAAAAAGAGAAUAAGUUUAAUUCAGAUGAUAUUUUUAGUGAGGACGAUGAUAAUGUUGAUGAUGGCGCUGAAAAUAAAUCAACUAAAACCAAUAUCGAUGGCGAUGACAAUGUCGAUGAUGAAUUAUUUGGAACAAACAAUAAUAAUAGUAAUAAUAAAAUGAGUAGAUUAAGAAGGAAUAAGAAUGUUAUCCAAGAUGAUGAUGAUGAUGAUAACGAUGAAGAUAUUGCCGAAGAUAAUGAUGAUGAUGAUGAUUAUGUUGAUCAAGAAGAAGAAGAAGAAGAAGAGGAAGAAGAAGAAGAAGAAGAAGAAGUACCAUUGAAAAAGCAAAAGAAAGAUAAUAAUAAUGUUAGUAAUAGUUCAACAAAAGAAAAGAAAAAGAGAGCAACUACAACAAAGGAAAAGAAAAAGAAAGGAGAGACUACAACUUCAACAACAUCACCGGCUAAGAAGCAACAAUCAUUAGAUAUGCAUUUCACCAGUACAAAUAAAAAGGAUAGUAAUAAUGGUAGUAGUGAUAAUCAAAUUUUUACAAAGACUGCAGUAACUCAAUCCACUGGAACGAAAAUACCACCAAAAUCAGAAGCAGAACAACUACAAUCAACAACACAAGCUACAUCGAAAUCGGAAACAGUCGUUACCACUUCACUUAAUAACAACGAUAAUAAUAAUAAUAAUCUGGUAAUUGGUAAUAGAUUUGCAGUUACCAAAUCAACUGGAAGUAAAAUACCACCAAAAGAAUCAGUUGUAGAGAAAGAGAAAGAGAAAUUUGACCAAGAAAUGAAGGACAAAGAAGAGGAAGAAGAGGAAGAUAUUAAAGAGAAUGAGGAGGUUGAUGAAGUUGAAGAUGGCGAUGAUGAAGUAUUGGAAGAGAUUGAAGAGGAAGAAGAGGUGGAAGAGGAAGUUGAGGAAGAAGGUGAGAAGAAAGUGGUGACUAAGUUUGUGCGUAAAAAGGUGUUGUCCAAAGUGAAAGGAUCUGCCAAAGUACUGGAACAAGAGUUGAAAGCACUCUCGAAAUACGAUCCAAUCAAAGAUGCACCUUGGAAGAAAGGGCAGGUCGUUCCCUAUAUGGCGUUGGCCAAGACUUUCGAGAGAAUCGAAGAAACCAGUCGUCGUCUUCUCAUCAUUGAAAACCUCACCAAUCUAUUCCGUUCGGUCAUCGUACUGUCGCCAGCCGACUUGGUUACCUGCAUCUACUUGUCGAUCAACAAAAUCGGUCCAUCCUACAGCGGAAAGGAACUGGGAAUCGGUGAGUCGAUCCUCAUGAAAGCCGUUUCUGAAUCCACCGGUAGAACGAUGGAUUCCAUUAAACAGGAGGCGAAAGAUGCUGGUGAUCUCGGAAUCGUUGCACAAUCGUCGCGUACCACUCAACAAACCAUGUUUCCACUGCCACCCCUCACCAUAAAAAGUAAAGAUUUAAUCAAGAAACUGUUGGUUGCGUGUAAGGACUGUGAAGCAAUGUAUAUUAUCCGUUCUUUGCAAGGCAAGUUGAGAAUUGGUUUGGCAGAGGGUUCGGUUAUUACUGCACUCUCUAGAGCGAUUACUAUUACACCGAAUGAUAAUACGUUGGAUGUGAGAAAAUCGAUCUCGCCAGAGGAGUUCCAAGCGAAGGUGGAAAAGGCGAUUGCUUCUAUCACUCGUGCCUACAGUCAAACACCAAACUACGAUACUUUGGUGCCGUUGCUGCUCAAAGAGAACGGUGUCGACACCAUCUUGGAGACCUGUAAGCUGCGUGUCGGUAUCCCGGUGAAGCCGAUGCUCGCCCAACCAACCAACGGUAUCUCCCAGGUGUUGGAUCGUUUCCAAGACCUCGAAUUCACUUGCGAAUAUAAAUACGACGGUGAGCGUGUGCAGAUUCACCGUCACGACGAUGGCAAAGUAAAGAUCUACACUAGAAAUCUUGAGGAUUACACUGGAAAGUAUCCAGAUAUCAUUGCCAACAUUCCAAAGUUUAUGGGCAGCGAAGUCAAGAAUUUCAUCCUGGAUUGCGAGGCAGUCGCUUUCGAUCCGACCAACAAAAAGAUUCUUCCAUUCCAGAUUCUCUCUUCUCGUCCAAGAAAGGGUGUGUCCCUCGAUCAAAUCAAGAUUCCAGUGUGUGUUUUCGCAUUCGAUUUGUUGUAUCUCAAUGGAACGUCGCUGAUUGACGAACAACUCUCUCGUCGUCGUGAAGUAUUGAAAUCGAAUUUCAAUGAAUCGGAGGGUGUAUUCUCCUAUGCUCAGUACUCGAAUAUCUCUGAUGUCGCCGAGAUCCAGGCAUACAUUGAGGAGGCUGUCAAGGCCAACUGCGAAGGACUGAUGGUAAAGACAUUCAAGGAGAAAUCAAUCUAUGAACCAUCGAAGCGUUCAUACAACUGGUUGAAAAUCAAAAAAGACUAUCUCAAGGGUAUGACCGAUUCCGUAGAUAUCGUACCGAUCGGUGCAUGGUACGGAAAAGGAAAGAGAACUGGUGUAUACGGUGCAUACCUAUUGGCGUGUUACGAUGAAGACAACGAAGAUUUCCAAACUCUUUGUAAAAUUGGUACUGGAUUUAGUGAUGAACAAUUACAACAAUUUACAGAACAAUUGACUCCACAUAUCAUUCAGAAUCCAAAGAAUAUGUAUCGUGUGUCGGAACAAUUGAAACCAGAUGUAUGGUUCUCGCCAAAACAAGUUUGGGAAGUGUUGGCUGCCGAUCUUUCGAUUUCACCAAUUCACACUGCCGCUGCGGGUACUCUUGAUCCUGUCAAAGGUAUUGCUCUUCGUUUCCCUAGAUUCAUUAGAAUUAGAGAAGAUAAGAACCCUGAAGAUGCAACUAAUACUUCUCAGAUUAAUGGGCAAAUUAAUGAGGUGGGCACUUGCGAACAGAGUUCUCAAACAAUGCCAACUUCUCAAUUGUUCUCUUCCGAUUGUCAUUUCAAACUUUUUCAUUCCAAAUCGAACAUGUUCCUUGUUUGUUCAUGGACCCAACACCCUUAA